AUGUCUGAUCGAGCAGAUAAAAUGAAAAUGGUAUCGAAAUUACCAACAUUAUCAGCUGAUAAAUCUGCACAGAAAAUUCAAGCUGCUUUUCGUACGCAUCAAGCUCGAUUGAAAUUAAAAAAACAGGCAGCAUGGCAAAUACAUGAAAAACUUGAAUAUUCUAGUGAACAAACUGAAUCUAAACUUAAAGAUAUGUUUGAAAAAUUACUUAAAGCAUCAGAUUUACUCUCACCAUCCGUUACGAAAUUACUUCAAAAAGCUGGAUUACCUGUAGAAGAACAAGAACUUUUAAGAUUGACAAAUCCUGAUAGUAUAACAGUUGAACCGACUUAUCAAGGACCUCGUAUCGACGGUCAAAUUACAAGACAGACCUUUGUAGAUCUCAUCGAUGCUUUUCGAAAAGGACAAAUUUUACAUGAAAAAUAUGUGUGUAAAAUUUUACAUCAAGCCCGUGCUAUACUUAAAAGUUUACCAAAUUUUAAUCAUAUUGAUUUAUCUAAUCUUCACCAUGUAUUUAUUAUUGGUGAUCUUCAUGGACAAUUAGCUGAUUUAUUACAUAUAUUUAGUGAAAAUGGAUUACCUGCAAAUGAUAAUGCAUAUAUAUUCAAUGGAGAUUUUGUUGAUCGUGGAAAUAAUUCAGUUGAAGUUAUUUUAUUACUUAUGAUUGCUUUAAUUCUCAAUCCAAGUUCAGUGUUUCUUAAUCGAGGUAAUCAUGAAGAUAUUAUGGUUACAGUUCGAUAUGGUUUUCAAAAUGAAGUCAACCAAAAAUAUGGAAGACGUAAAGCAUCAUUACUUGAUCUAUUCAAAGAUAUAUUUAGUUGGUUACCACUUUAUUCAUUUGUUGAUGCUGGAAAAUCUCGAUUUAUUAUAAUGCAUGGCGGAAUAUCGGAUAGAAUUAAUUUAAAAAAACUUAAUUCUAUAACAAGAAAUCGAUAUAUUUCGAUUGAAGUACCACCUCCAUCAAGACAAGGCGGAAAAAAAUUAACUGAAGAAGAAGAUAAUGAAUAUCGUCAAGUACAAGAUUUAUUUUGGAGUGAUCCUGAUCCUCACGGUCGUUUAGGUUGUCGUAAAAAUGAUGCAAGAAAAAUGGCCUGUUUUUUUGGUUCAGAUAUAACAGAACAAUUUCUUAAAAGAUACAAUCUUUCAAUGAUUAUACGUUCACAUCAAGUUAAACAAGAAGGUUAUGAAUAUACACAUGAUGGUAAAGUUUUAACUGUAUUCAGUGCAUCAAAUUAUUGUGGUGGAUCAAAUUGGGGUGCUAUUUUACAAUGGGAUUAUAACGAUGAAGAACCACGCAUAAUUUCAUAUAAAAUCUUAGCUGUUGAAAUGACAAAAUUAAGUUUUAAUAAAAAAGUAACAUUAUUCGAAGAUCCAGCAUAUCAUUCAUUAAUAGAAAAAAUAAUGACAAAUAAAAGUAUUUUACAAAAAGAAUUCGAAAGAGCUGAUGGAAAUAGAACAGAACAUUUACCUUUAACAAUUUGGGCAGAUAUAAUGGCGAAAGUACUUCAACUUGAUUUACCUUGGCUUACUUUACGUACAAGACUUGUACAAGAAGAUUCACAAGGAAUUAUAUAUAAAACUAUGUUCGAUGAAUUUAUUCUAGAUAAUUCAAAAUUUCAAAUGUCUAAUACCGGUAUUAUGGAAGAUUUAUAUAUGUGGAAAGAUAUGUUACUGACAUUAUUUAAUUUAAUUGAUUAUAAUCAUUCAGGCUUUAUAAGUCGAAAUGAAUUUGCUGAUGUUAUUAAACUGAUACUCCAUGGUGAAAAUGGUACUGAUGAAGUGAAUGAGGCGUAUAUUGAUGAACUUAGUUCAGCUAUGGACUUUGAUAAAAAUGGAAAAAUUGAUAUUAAUGAAUUUCUUGAGAGUUUUCGUAUUGUUCAUGUGAAGACAUCAAAGAAUUUAGAUGAUCGAAUAAAUAAAGUCGAACAACCAAAUGGAAAUACAACGAAGAAAUAUGUAGAAUCAAGUGGAAAGAAAUCGAGGAAAUUAUAA